AUGUAUUUGUACAACUUCAUUUUGCAACGUGCCACCGGCAUAACGCACGCGGUGCACGGAAGUUUUGCCGGCACCAAGUUGCAGGAGAUUUUGCUCGCAAAAGGCAAAGGUCUGGAGCUGGUGCGUCCUGAUCCUAAUACAGGAAAGGUUCACACAUUGUUGCAGACGGAAGUGUUUGGCGUUGUACGAUCGCUUAUGUCUUUUCGCUUGACGGGCGGAUCGAAAGAUUAUGCUGUUAUCGGCUCGGACUCUGGCCGAAUUGUUAUUCUCGAGUACAAUCCGGUGAAAAAUCAGUUGGAAAAGGUUCACCAAGAAACGUUCGGCAAGUCUGGAUGUCGGCGCAUCGUGCCCGGGCAGUAUUUAGCAAUUGAUCCCAAGGGUCGUGCAGUAAUGAUUGGUGCCGUAGAAAAGCAGAAGCUCGUUUACAUUCUCAAUCGCGAUUCCGAAGCUCGACUGACGAUUUCGUCUCCAUUGGAGGCGCACAAGUCGAACACGCUCACAUAUCACAUGGUGGGAGUGGAUGUUGGCUUUGAAAAUCCAAUGUUUGCCUGUCUCGAAAUCGACUACGAAGAAGCCGACACCGAUCCGACAGGUGAAGCGGCAACCAAGACGCAACAGACGCUCACGUUCUACGAACUCGAUCUGGGUUUGAACCACGUGGUCCGGAAAUAUUCAGAACCGUUGGAAGAGCAUGCUAACUUUCUCAUAUCUGUACCGGGUGGAAACGAUGGACCGUCAGGAGUGUUAAUUUGCUCGGAAAAUUAUCUAACAUACAAGAACCUGGGCGAUCAGCACGACAUUCGUUGUCCGAUACCGCGUCGGCGAAACGAUUUGGACGACCCCGAACGUGGCAUGAUUUUCAUCUGUUCAGCUACACAUCGCACCAAAUCAAUGUACUUCUUCUUGGUACAAACAGAGCAAGGCGACAUAUUUAAAGUAACCCUGGAAACCGACGACGAUGUGGUUUCAGAAAUAAAGCUGAAGUAUUUCGACACCGUAGCACCGGCAACGGCUAUGUGCGUGUUGAAAACUGGCUUUUUGUUCGUGGCCUGCGAAUUUGGCAAUCAUUAUCUGUACCAGAUUGCGCAUCUCGGCGAUGAUGACGACGAGCCUGAGUUCAGCUCAGCUAUGCCCCUCGAAGAAGGCGAUACAUUCUUCUUCGCUCCAAGGCAGUUAAAAAAUCUCGUGAUGGUCGAUGAUAUUCCAUCAUACGCGCCAAUCCUCGGAUGUCAAGUGGCUGACUUGGCAAAUGAGGACACUCCACAACUGUACCUAGCCUGCGGUCGCGGACCACGUUCUUCUAUUCGGGUGCUCAGACAUGGACUCGAGGUAUCGGAGAUGGCCGUAUCGGAACUUCCCGGUAAUCCGAAUGCUGUGUGGACCGUCAAAAAGCGAAUCGAUGAUGAGUUCGAUGCGUACAUCAUCGUAUCUUUCGUAAAUGCCACGCUAGUACUCAGCAUUGGCGAUACGGUCGAAGAAGUGACGGACAGCGGAUUUCUCGGCACAACACCGACUCUUUGCUGCAGCGCUCUCGGCGAUGAUGCCCUGGUACAGGUGUAUCCGGACGGAAUCCGGCACAUCCGGGCAGAUAAGCGUGUGAACGAAUGGAAAGCACCGGGCAAAAAAACCAUCAUGAAAUGUGCGGUCAAUCAGCGACAAGUCGUGAUUGCACUGUCAGGUGGUGAACUGGUGUACUUCGAAAUGGACCCCGCCGGACAAUUGAACGAAUACACAGAAAGAAAGAAAAUGCCAAGCGAGGUUAUGUGUAUGGCGUUGGGCUCGGUACCUAGUGGCGAACAACGAUCCUGGUUUUUGGCCGUAGGUCUGGCCGACAAUACCGUGCGGAUAAUUUCCUUAGAUCCUACCGAUUGUCUCUCGCCACGUUCGAUGCAAGCCCUACCAUCGGCUGCCGAAUCGCUCUGCAUUGUGGAAAUGGGUACGGUGGAAACGACCGAGGAUGGAGUUACGACUACGACCGGAUGCAUUUAUCUAAACAUCGGUCUCACGAAUGGUGUACUGUUGCGAACGGUGCUGGAUCCCGUAUCAGGUGAUCUUGCCGAUACCCGCACGCGCUACCUUGGCUCUCGACCGGUGAAGUUGUUCCGCAUUCAAAUGCAAGGCUCGGAAGCCGUUCUCGCAAUGUCCAGUCGCUCUUGGUUGAGUUACUACUACCAGAACCGAUUCCAUCUUACCCCGCUUUCAUACGAGACGCUGGAGUACGCGUCUGGAUUCUCAAGUGAGCAGUGCUCUGAGGGAAUUGUGGCGAUUUCGACGAACACGUUGCGAAUUUUGGCCCUCGAAAAAUUGGGUGCCGUGUUCAACCAGAUAACAUUCCCGCUCGAAUACACGCCAAAGCGAUUUGCCAUUCACUACGAAACUGGAAAGUUGAUCAUCAGUGAAACAGAUCACAAUGCGUACACGGAAGAAACGAAAACCAUUCGUAAGAAGCAAAUGGCGGAUGAAAUGCGUGAAGCAGCUGGUGAGGAUGAGCAGGAAUUGGCGAAUGAGAUGGCCGAUGCGUUUAUUAACGAAGUUUUGCCGGAAGAUGUGUUCUCUUCACCCAAAGCCGGCAAUGGGAUGUGGGCCUCGCAGAUCAGAGUGAUGGACCCAAUUAAUGGACAUACGUACUCGAAGGUACAGUUAGCCCAAAACGAGGCAGUCCUUUCGUUAGCACUGGUGCGCUUUGCCGUUGAUCAGAAAUGGUACGUUGUUGCCGGAGUAGCAAAAGAUCUACAGAUUAAUCCGAAGAUCAGCAAUGGUGGCUUUAUUGACGUGUAUAAGGUCGAUAGUCAGACCAAUCAGCUCGAACAUAUGCACCGGACGGAGAUUGAUGACGCUCCGGGAGCGCUCUGUCAGUUCCAAGGCAGACUUCUAGCUGGUAUAGGAAAGGUACUACGCAUCUAUGACCUUGGCAAAAAGAAACUGCUUCGAAAGUGCGAAAACAAACACAUUCCCAACCAGAUUGUCAACAUUCAGGGGAUGGGCCAGCGGGUUUACGUGUCAGAUGUGCAGGAAUCCGUUUAUUGUAUCAAGUACAAACGGGCGGAAAAUCAACUCAUCAUCUUUGCUGAUGAUACUCACCCUCGUUGGAUCACAUCGGCUACCCUUUUAGAUUACGAUACAGUUGCCACGGGUGAUAAGUUCGGAAACAUCGCGAUUUUGCGACUGCCCCACUCCGUAUCGGACGAUGUGGACGAAGAUCCGACCGGUAACAAAGCGCUUUGGGAUCGAGGACUGCUAAACGGGGCCUCGCAAAAGGCGGAGAACAUUUGUACGUUCCAUCUGGGAGAAAUAGUGACUUCUCUACAAAAAGCCACACUUAUUCCGGGUGGAUCUGAGUCUCUCAUUUACGCCACGAUGAGCGGCACUGUCGGAGCUCUAGUACCGUUCACGAGUCGAGAAGAUUUUGACUUCUUCCAGCACUUGGAAAUGCACAUGCGGAACGAAAAUUCACCGCUUUGUGGUCGUGAUCAUCUGAGCUAUCGCAGUUAUUACUAUCCGGUGAAGAAUGUGAUGGACGGCGAUCUUUGCGAGCAAUUUACCUCGCUCGAUCCGGCCAAACAAAAGAGCAUCGCUUCUGAUUUGGGACGUACUCCGAGCGAAGUAGCCAAGAAGCUGGAAGACAUUCGCACGAGAUACGCGUUCUAAUUGAUUAUUCAUCAUUCUUUUGUUUUUAUGGUAGUAGCUGUUUGCAGUUUUCACACAAGAUUCUGGACUAUAUUCGGUACACUUAAUCAACGCCUUAUUUUGUGUGAUAUACAUGCAAUAUUCUGAUUUGCCGCCUGAUGUAUCAUAUAUAAAUAAAAAAUAAGAAGCACUUCGACGUAUAGUAACCAACAUAUUAUGUUUAUAAAAAAUUGUUUCACCCUAUAAAAAAAAUUGCUGCAUUGUCACCAAAACCAUCAGUUACAAAAAUAGUAUAAUGAAAAUACAAUUGCUGUUCUACGUGUUUUGCACUGACGAAUUUUACAAAGAUUAAAAAGUGUAUGGCGAGAAUCAUCAUCAUCCCAGUAAAUAUAUACACAUUCAUGAAGCCACUGACGAUGUGUUUUAUCAUAAAAACUUUCAAAUUAUGAUACACAUUCAGGGGGUAAAAGACGGAGUAUGUUCUAUCAUCGAAACUUUCGAAUAAUGGUUUAAGAACGUGUGGAACCCAGUAUUAAUUGAUGAAAAUGAUUUAUUUGAAUGAACCAUGUGAUGAUUUUAUUAAACGGAACGCAAAUUUGCGGAAAACAUGGAAUGGAAAGCGUUAUGUAUGCAUAUUAAACAUUGAGCAAAAUGAAAAAAAUUAUGCACCGAGACUGAAUAACUGGAUGUUUUGCUAAAAAAUAUUACAAUUAUAUAACAACUGAGAAAUCGAGAAACGAAACUUGUGGAUUGGCUCUCCUAUUGUAGUUGCUAGGUUUUCAUCCAAGUGUAUGCAUAAUAUCAUAAAUCGCGAUUUGUAAAUUGAGAGAAAAGUUAAUAAAGAGUGACAAUUUUAAAA